AUGCAUCGCACAUAUUCUAUGCGCAGGACUCGGGCGCCAACCGCGUCGCAAAUCCAGAAUCCUCCUCCGCCUCCGUCGAGCACAAAGUCCGGAAGAAUUUUUGGCCGUGCCUCGCUCAGUCAUGCACUUCGAGGUAGAACCGCAGGCGCCUUCGGGCCUGACCUUGCGAAGAAGCUUACUCAACUCGUCAAGAUGGAAAAGAACGUCAUGCGCAGCUUGGAACAAGUAGCUAAGGAGCGCAUGGAAGUUGCGCACCAACUCUCAAACUGGGGCGAAGCUUGCGACGAAGACGUUUCCGACAUUACCGACAAGCUCGGCGUUCUCCUUUACGAGAUCGGCGAGCUCGAAGACCAACUUGUCGACCGAUAUGAUCAAUACCGCGUGACGAUGAAGGGUAUCCGAAACAUCGAGGCGUCGGUGCAGCCGUGCCGCGACCGCAAGCAAAAGAUCAUGGACCAAAUCGCCCAGCUCAAGUAUAAGGAACCCAACUCUCCCAAGAUUGUCGUCCUCGAACAGGAACUCGUCCGAGCCGAGGCCGAAUCGCUCGUUGCCGAAGCUCAAUUGUCCAACAUUACGCGCGAGAAAGUCAAGGCCGCCUAUUCCUACCAGUUCGAUGCACUCCGGGAACACUCUGAGAAAGUAGCAAUCAUCGCCGGCUACGGAAAACACCUUUUGGAUCUGAUCGACGACACCCCGGUAACGCCGGGCGAGACGAGAGCAGCUUAUGACGGUUACGAAGCCAGCAAAGCCAUCAUUCAGGACUGCGAGGACGCCCUCACUAACUGGAUUACCGCGAAUGCUGCUGUUCACUCUAAACUAUCUGUCCGUGCCCGAACACUAUCUCAACGUCGCCGCAACCAUAUUCGAGCCCGCAGCGAAGGCCUAGAUCUCUCGGGGCAGGAUGUCCCAAUGCACGACCAAGACUCUUGGGAAGUUGCUAGAACCGAUGAUGAGGACGAAGACGAAGAUGAGGAACAAGAGCACAGGCUGCACGAUAAAGAGGACCUAGAUUCUGAUGACAAUCGUGAAUCGGUAGCGUCGAGCAGCCGCGUCAACGGUAAUGGUGAGGCUAGAGGGCGCAGCAAGGAAGUACACGCUGCAUGA